AUGAAAUUUUUAUUUUUGGUAAGUAUAAUAUAUUUAAAUUAUCUUUUAAAACUAAAUGGAUAUACGGGUGUUGUAAAAAAUCACAGCUUAAAUAAUAUUUUAAACAAAAGAAUAAUAAGAAAUAAAAAAAUUAAUUUGAUAAAAAUUAAUUUACAGAAUGAUUAUAACUAUGAAAAUAAAAAAUAUUUUAGUAGUAGACCAUUUAUAAAUGAAAAAUCUUUAAAUAAAAUAACAUUAAUUGGUCGCGUAGGGUGUGAACCAGAUAUAAAAAUUUUAAAUGGAGGAGAUAAAGUAGCAACAUUUAGUUUAGCUACUAAUGAAUUUUGGAGAGAUAGAAAUACUAAUGAAUUAAAAUCAAAAACUGAUUGGCAUAGAAUAGUAGUAUACGAUCAAAAUUUAGUAGAAUUGGUGGAUAAAUAUUUAAGAAAAGGAAGAAGAGUUUAUUUGCAAGGAUCAUUGCACACUAGAAGAUGGUUUGGUAAUGAUUUAAAUAAUCAACCAAAGCAAAUAACAGAAGUAGUUUUAUCAUAUAAUAAAAGUGAUUUAAUAUUUUUAGAUGAUAGGAGAAAUUUUAUAAAUAGAAAUGCUCCUCAAGGACAACCGAUUGAUAAUCAAAAUAUAAAUAAUAAUGAUAUAAAUCAUAAUAUAAAUAAUAUAAAUAAUAGUAAUGAUAUUAUACCAAACCAAAGUAAUUCUAAUGGCAAUUUAAAUAAAAAUGAUUUUUCAACAAGUUUAGAUGAGAAUACAGAUGAUAAUUUUGAUAUGUUAAAUGAUAACAUUGAUAAAAAUGAAGGGAUAUAUGACAAAAUGAAUACACAAGAAUUUGAGGAAUAA